AGAAUACAACAAAUACAAAAAUGCAAAUCAACAAUCAUAAUUUUAUUACGGCCAGCUUUUUUGGAACAAUUUUCGUAUUAUUUUUGGCUAUUAUAAACACAAAAGCAAUACCUAUAAGUGAAAAUGGUGAAAAAGUACCAUCCAUUGAUGAAUUUGUUCAACUAUUAAGAAAAUCAUACGAUUAUCAAAGUAAACGUGGAUUAGAUUUGGGUUUCCAUCGCGGUCAUUCUGGUAUGAUGACAGCUAAAUAUCUAGCUGGUAUAAAUAUGGCUGGACCAAUGGGACCAGGACGAAAACGAAGUUCACCAUCCACAACAUCUAUGGAACAUAAUAUGGACUAUGAUAUUGAACCAAUUGCGGCUGCUUAUCAAUAUAAUAAUUAUUUGGAUAAUUUAUUGGGUAACAAUAACGGGCAACAUCCAAAGCGUGGUCUAGAUUUUGGUUUUGGACGUGGUUUAUCUGGUUUACAAACCGCUAAGCAUUUAAUUGGUAUGGAAGAGGCCAAUGAUGCUAUGGGUCCUGGACGAAGGCGACGUGCUACACAACAGCAAGCAAAUGUGCAACAAAAUUCUUUAGAAAAUAGAUCUUCGUAAAUUAGUAAAAAUUUUUGAUUUGAUAAUGUAUAAUACGAGUUGAAGGCAUAAAAAAGAGAGGCAAAAAUUCUUAUCCAGCCAAUUUUUUAUUUAUUUGUAUAUGAAAUUCAUGUUUCGACAGUCGAUCGUAUAAAUAUCUUAUUGAUUCGAUCCUUAGAUUACCUUGCGUGAGUAAAAAAGCUAUUACCUUAAAAAAAAAGGCUCUUUAAAAUUGACAAAAGCUAUCGAAAGUUCUGACGCACAAUCAUUGGAUAAAAAUAUAAUCCACAUUUGUAAUUAAGCCUAUGUACUAGAACUUCAAAUACUUCUACCGGCUGAUUUUGUUAAAAGUUUCCAGCUAAUUUUUCCGAAAACAGAUCGGAGUAUCA